AUGGCCUCAUCCGAUUUUCUAUUUUUGUCUUCUCCUCCAUCUUCCACUGAAGACCUGCAACAAUGGCGGAAAGAUAUCACCAAAGCCUUGCAAAAUCUUCUUUCCUCCAAAACCAUCCUUCCUGUCUGCAUCUUCAAACUUCCAGAAACCCUCACCUCCGAAAAACCAGACGCUUACGUUCCCCAACACAUCGGUCUCGGACCUAUCCACCAUUUCCGAACCGACCUCUACAGCAAGCAAGAAAAGCUUAAAAUCGUCACAGCAAAUAUAAUUCUACAACCCUGCAAUGUCACGACCGAGUUCGAAAAGAUUUUACAAGAGAAUCUCAUAAAUAUUGUCCCAGUUGCUGAAUACUGCUACGACUUGUCUUUCGACAUCGAUGAUGAUGUUUUAGCAUGCGUUUUCGCCAUAGAUGCACUCGUGUUGCUUGAUGUUUUAUCGAAAGUGAGAGACGGACGUUCAACGGCGUAUAUGGAAGAUGUUAUGAUGCUUGAAAACCAAAUCCCGUUAGUGAUCUUAAUCGAACUACUAAAUGCUCUGGACGUAUCAACCGGCGAUUCUGCCAAUUUGUUUCUUACGAAUUUGUUGCUUAACUUUUGCCAAACACGAGCGAUUUUUAAGUUUAUUAUGCCCAAAAAUCAGUUUGAUCUUGGUAUAGAUAAUCGCUUUCAUCUGCUUGAUUGCAUGCAUCACUUGAUCGUAAACCAUACUAUUCCGCCAACCCCUUCUGCUCGAAUCAAUUUCUCUGUUGGUAUAAAUCUAGAGAAUGUGGAAAACGUAGUGCAAACCGCAGGAGAGUUAUUCCCUUGUUUAAAUGUCUUUUUUAAGCCUAUUUUACUCCUACUCAAAUUGCCAUGGGACAAGAUCGGAAGUUUGAUCAAGAAAAUGUUGGGAGAUCCUCCUGAGGUGCUUGAAAUCGACAUCCCUUCGGUUUCACUUCUCACAAGAAUCGCAAAGAUUGGAUUUUCCACGACAAUUGGAGGCAUUCGGGACAUUAAAUUCGACGAGGAAAAUCUCACAUUUUGCCUCCCCAUUCUUGAUUUGAAACAUGAUUCUGAAGUUAUAUUAAGAAAUUUGGUGGCAUACGAAGAGUUGAUGUUCAAGAGUGGUAUCGCUACAAAUCUUGAUUUCACGGAGUAUGUGGAUUUCAUGUGUGGGAUCGUUGAUAGUGUUAAGGAUGUAGAGAUUCUUCGGGAGAAAGAAGUCAUCGUAGGUGAUAUGGAGGAUGAGGAAGUUGUAAAACUUUUUAAUGGGAUUACUAAAUCGAGUGUGAAAGUAAAUGGGCAGAAAUCGAAGUUGCAAAAUACCAUUGAGAAAGUAAAUAACCAUUAUGGUAAUAUUCCAAGAAUUAAAGUUUUUCGCUUUCUCAAGAAGCUGUUUUUGGCAUCGUGGAAAACUCUUGUAGUCGUGUUUUCGAUUUUGGGUCUACUGUUGGCUAUUUACGUUGGUGUUUGUGAAGUUUAUGAAUGUAAGGAUCGUUUUGGGCUUGGUGAGGGUCGAUUGGUCAUUCCUUAUGUUACCAUGAAUAACAAACUUCUUGAUUUUUAG